AACCUAAGCUGAGUUUAUUUGCACAGCGCGGAAAUCGUGUUCGGACGUAGUCAGCCGUAUCCCCGGGAGCCGGAGUGAGCAAACGCCAUCGAGCGUGAAAUUAUCGACAGUGAAAAGUGUGGAAUUUAUUUCAAUUAAACUGAAAAGAAGAACUCAAAGAAAGAAGCACAGUUUAAAAAGAACAUUCAGAGCAACAAGUAAUCAAGCUAAAGUGCAAAAGAUUUAUUCCAAGUCAAAGGAAGGACAAACAAAAAUUACACACAUCCUUAUGCUGUGUUCGGUGAAAAAAAUAGAAGAAUUUGCUACUUUUUCUGCCUAAGCCAUGGCCGUUGUACCAUCGUCCACAAAUCUCAACGAUUGGGAUUAUUGGGAUUAUCGACGACGCCUUUGGCGUGACUUGGAUCUCGUCGACUGGGACCUGCCGUACUGGAAGCGUUUGGCACGCUUCAAUUCCUCACCCGAUCUGAGUCGUGUGAUUGUGGGCAAGGAUGGCUUUGAGGCGAAUGUCGAUGUGCAUCCUUUCAAGCCUUACGAAAUUCAAGUGAAGACUGUGGGCGACACCGUCGUGGUGGAGGCGAAACACGACAAGCGGCGAGACGGUGACAACUAUGUGGGACGACAUAUAGUAAAACGUUUCGUCCUGCCACGUGGUUUCUAUCCGAACGAUGUGCGUUCAGAACUCUCCUCAGAUGGCAUCUUGACCAUUAAAUGUCCACCACCAGCGCAAGUCGAACGCAGCGUCUAUGUGCGACAAGUGGGCCUACCAUACCUGAGCAUUAAGAACUGACGUGCAGCUAAGUGAAGACGAAAGGAUGUUUCUGUAUCUCGCAGUUGUUGUAAUUAAAA